UUUUUUUUUUUUUUUAUUUUCUAUUUGCGGAAAUGUCAAACGAUGAAGUUAUAGCUUUGAAGCAGCAUUGUUUAGCCCUAGAGUUAAGGAGUGACCCUAUUAAAGGAAGAGGAGUGUUUACAAGGGAAAGACUAGUCCGAAAUACGCUUGUAGAGAUUUCACCUAUAUUGUUGUUUAAUGAAGAAGAAUACGCAAGUCAUGGGAAAUACACUGUACUGGAUCAAUACACGUAUUGCUGGCAAGGUGGAUUUGCACUUGCGCUUGGAUUAGGCUCUAUGUUUAACCAUGAUAGCUCACCGAAUGUUGGUUUUAUUCGAGAUAUUCCUAAUAAAUUAAUCAGAUACGUUACUUUAAGGGACAUUGAGAAAGAGGAGGAGUUAUGUAUAUCCUAUGGCAAUCAUUUGUGGUUCGAGGAUGAUUCCAAUGAUCAAACACAAGUCUCUUCUGAUGAAGAUGAACCUUUUCCCUUUGCUGCCGAUGAUGAUUAACUCCUUAACUAAAUAAUAAUUUCUCCCUAAUAUUAAUCAUCAUCAUAAUAAAAUAAACAGACACACACACACACACACACACAUACACACACACAAACUUUAUUUUUUUUUCCCUCUGUGUGGGUGUUAUGCAUCAAAAUCAUCAUGUGAUGGAUUAAAGUUG